CGGAAGCGUGCGGCGAGCCUUUCCUCCACUCUGUCUUGUGCGAUUCGGCGCAACCGUGCUUGAAUCUGUUGCCGUCGCGUGCUGCUGAACGAUGUGGGGACAUUUUAGCUCGAUCUUUGUGACAUUUACGUCACGUCAGAACAUGCGAGGUCAUCGAAUAACCAUUGUACAGCCUUUCUGUGCAGCCAGCCUCCCUUCCUGCCAAAAGGCCCUCGGAGCAAAUGGCGGCCAACACUAAGGACCUAGUCGCUGCGAUCAAAGUUGCCUUGCCGCUCAUCAAUGAUGACCGCAUGCUAUUCCUGAUGCAAGAACUAGGAGCCAAGGACGUACGAUGUAAGGCGGAUAUGAAGAAAUUGGAGGCCGUCGACCUUGUCAAUGCGCUGGGGACAAAUGACGCGAAGAGGCUUGUUGCAUUCUUUAGGACUCCAGAACUCUCGGAUGACAUCAUCACCGAUGGCGCCAGGUUUCUCGACUUCAGGGAGCCUGCAGGAAGUGCAGAGACCGAAGCGAUGCUUCAGAAUGCAAGGGCACAGGUGGAGUCUGAUCAUCGAGAGCUGGUCGAAACUCUGGACAGGGAGAAGGCGAAGAGGCAGGAAGUCCACGAAGCCACUAUGCAUGACGUCGCCUUAAGCGCGUCGCGCCAUGCCGAGGAGCAUCGAGAGAAAAUGGAGCAGCUGCAAGCAGAGCGGGAGGCCGCAACACGUGAACACGAGGAGAGGUUGCAGCGCAUGCGCGAAGAAGACAAACUGCGCGCCCAGAAACGCCAGCAAGAAGAGCGUGAACACCGCGAGUACUUGGAACGGCUGCAGAGGGAGCGUCAACGGCCGUCCAUAGGACGGCGCAUUGUCACUGGAGUAUGCCGUGCCGUGGAGGAAGUGUUUUCUGGAAACACGACUGGAGGCUCAAGUGGUCCGGCGAACUUAUCACAGGACUUCAACGGGCCUCCACGCUGAGCAAAUUAGAUGGGCUGCACAGUGGCUCAUCAGUGACUUCCUCUUUUGCGCUUCUCCAAUUAUUGUUCGUGUGAAGUUCUGCUUAGUUUCAGCACAUUGUUUCUACGUGGGUUGCGAAUCAUGGAAUAAAAGAAGAUCCCAU